GUGCUUUGCAGGAGCUUAUCAACGCCCAUUCAGCGCCGGGCUUUCUCCCAGAGUGCUAUCGUGGGCACUCUUCAGUCGAAGAUCAAGGCUUUGGCUGACAAGAAGACGCCACAGUUCCAGGCGCUCAGGAAGGAUCAUGGGGACAAGUCCCUGGGAGAUUCGACUGUUGGACAGUGCAUUGGAGGAAUGCGCGGCAUCAAGUGCUUGAUCAGCGAAACCUCCCUGCUGGAUCCCAUGGAGGGCAUCCGCUACCGUGGCCGCACCCUGCAGGAGUGUAUGGACCAGCUCCCGAAAGCGCCGGGCAGCAAGAUCGGCCUUCCCGAGGCGUCCUUCUGGCUCCUGCUGACAGAUGAGAUUCCCACGGAUGCCGAAGUCAAGGCCUUGAAUGAGGAGCUCCACAAGAGGUCUGCUCUGCCUGAUGAUGUCAUCAAGCUCGUGGAUAGCAUCCCAAAGGACACCCACCCGAUGACCCAGCUGGCGAUGGGGCUUUUGGCGCUGCAGCCCACCAGUGAGUUUGGCAAGGCCUACAGGUCCGGAAAUUUGAAGAAGAACGAGUACUGGCAAUACACCUUGGAGGAUGCCUUGACGCUGGUGGCCCGAGUGCCCGUCCUUGCCGCCCGAAUCUUCUGCAAUGUUUUCCAGAACGGCAAGCACGUCCCAAGCGAUCCCUCCCUGGACUGGGCCGGCAACUAUGCCAACAUGCUGGGUGUGAAUGACAGCGACAAGUUCAAGGACAUCACGCGCUUGUACCUGAUGCUCCAUGCUGACCAUGAGGCUGGCAACGUGUCCGCCCACACUACGCACCUGGUUGGGAGUGCUCUGAGUGAUCCGUACUAUUCCUUCGCCGCGGGUGUGUGCGGCUUGGCGGGCCCGCUCCACGGUCUUGCGAACCAGGAGUGUCUGCGCUGGUUGAAGAACACGCAUGCAACGCUGGGAGGACAGGAGCCAACAGUGGAGCUGUUGACCAAUUUCGCAAAGGACACCUUGGCGUCCGGAAAGGUGAUUCCCGGCUUCGGCCAUGGUGUGCUACGCAACACCGAUCCGCGAUACACGAUCCAGCGUCAGUUUGUUCAGGAGAACUUCCCUGAUGAUCCCCUGGCAAAGCUGGCAGAAGUCUGCUUCCAGGCAAUCCCGCCUGUGCUGGAGGCGACAGGCAAGGUGAAGAACCCGUGGCCCAACGUGGAUGCGCUGUCGGGCACCUGCAUGCAGUACUUCGGUCUCAACCAGGAGGACUACUAUACAGUGGUCUUUGCCGUGUCCCGCUCUCUGGGCUGCACCUCCAACCUGGUCUGGUCCAGACUGAUGGGACUUCCCAUCGAGAGGCCGAAGUCUGUGACUCUGGACUGGUUGAGCCAGAACGUGAAAUGA